CUGUGGAUUUUUGACGUCAUUUUCAAGGUUAUGAAGUGGCGAAUACGGAGUAAUGAAAAAUUCUUUGUAAUCAAAUUAAGUGAUGUUUUGUUUCUUAAUAGGUUUUGUAGGUAUGAAACGAAUCAUUUGCUGGACUCUGUAUUUUCGUAAUGGCUCAUAUUGAACCAUGCGAUGGUGAAGGAAUAGAUGAAGAGAGAAAAUCAGUAUCUCAGAAGUUUGAGAAGAAAAAUAAUAUUUUGCCAUUAUGGGGGAAUGAGCGGACAAUGAAUCUUAAUCCACUCAUAUUGACAAACAUUCAGUCCUCACAUUACUUCAAAGUGAACCUGUACGAACUGAAGACAUACCAUGAGGUAAUAGAUGAGAUCUACUACAAGGUCAACCACCUUGAGCCCUGGGAGAAGGGCAGUCGCAAGACCGCUGGCCAGACCGGCAUGUGUGGCGGGGUGCGUGGCGUGGGUGCAGGAGGCAUCGUGUCCACUGCCUACUGUCUCCUCUAUAAGCUUUUUACUCUUAAGCUGACCAGGAAGCAGAUCAACGGCCUCAUCACGCACCCCGACUCCCCCUACAUCCGCGGCCUGGGCUUCAUGUAUAUCAGAUACACGCAGCCCCCAGCUGACCUGUGGGACUGGUAUGAACCGUACCUAGAAGACACGGAGGAGCUGGACGUGAAGGCAGGCGGAGGACAGACCAUGACUGUCGGAGAGAUGCUGCGAGCCUUCCUCACCAAGCUGGAGUGGUUCUCCACUUUGUUUCCGCGGAUACCGGUACCCAUACAGCAAAAGCUGGAGAAGAAGAUGAGCGAGCGGUUCCCGCCUGUGGCAGCGGUGCGCCAGGUGAAGCCAGUACCGCAGGUCCCCAAGGAGGCCCGCCACAUCCCAGACGACGAGGUGUCUUUUGGCGAGGCAGAGCGUUUCUCGCGCCUGCGCAGGAGCGAUGACCGCGUGUCCCCUGUGCGGGAACGACCCCGGGCAGAUCGUCCGCGGGAGCCCGAGCGUGAGCGACGCAGCCGGGACCGUGAGCGACGCAGCCGGGACCGUGAGCGACGCAGCCACCACGAGCGGGACCGCCGCCACCGCACCCGCUCUCGUUCCCGUGACCGCAAGGACAGGUCUCCCCACCCUUAUGAAGAGGGUUCCAUCAGAGUUGGCAACCUCUUUCUUUGAGGAGGGGGCGGGUAUUCCACCCGACAUUGCGGCGGCCUUCUUCGCCGAAGACCUGCAGGAGGGGCCAUCGUCUUCCGCUCCUCCUCCGCCGGCCACUACGUUGCCGCUUCUGUUGGCCGGCCCCUCUGGGACAUGUCCCUGGGGUCGGCCGCUAACAGCCGACGAAUCCAGGGGGUACCCGAUACCUGCUUCACAGCAGCAGGUGCCGGCUCUGCCUAGCGGCAAGGUUGUGGCCCUGCUGAUGGUGAUGGACGCCCAGCAGGGUGGGGGGGAUUUUAAACAAAAAAAAAAUAAGUAAAUAAAAAUCUUUUUUUUGACAAAUUAAUAUGGAUGUGUUGACUACAUUAUUUCAAUAUCCAAUAUGCUAUUUACGUUACUUGUGGCUGGUAAGUUACUAGGCACAAGAAAUUUUUUAAUACGUGUAAAGAACUAUACAGUCAUGGUAGCGGGAUGCUGUAGACUGGUGUCUGGUUUAAAAGUUGUUUAAAACUCGUUUACUGUUGUUGCAACACGUAGGAUUUUUGUCUGGAAAACACACGUAAUAUUUAAUCUAAUUUGUAUAGGGUUGGGGCGAAUCCUGAUUUCCUCGAAUCCGAAUCCUAACUCAAAUCCUUGACUGGAAUUGCCGAAUCUCGAACCCAAACCCGAAUCAUUUAACAGUUGUGAGGCACCAUACUCCUGUUUUAAAAUUAAUCACAAAUUAACAAGCAAAUAGUAUUAUAGACCCUACAUAUAUUUAUAUGUAUUUAUAGCAGUUACAAGGAAUAAAAACCAAGUGAAGUAAAUUAUGAUGUACGUAUUUACAUGACAUAAAUAUGAUGUAAGAGCAACAUCCACAAAAAGUAAAAAUAAAACAGGUCACUUACAAAUUCAAACUAACCAAAUGUAAUCUUGAAGUAUGUCACUUACUUAGUGUUCAUGUACAAAAAAAUUACAACUUGUAAACAUAUUAAGAUUUUUGUUCAUAAAAGUUAACAUGUUCAUUCGUUCAGGAUCUAGUCGGCUCCUUUUCUGGUCAACAAUUAGCCCCGCAGUACUGAACAGUCGUUUAGAAAAAACGGUUGCAGGUGGACACGAAUGAUAUUUCUUGGCGACUUUUGCAAGGUUAGGAAAACAUGAUUUCCGUGUCCUCCAAAAUUUAAGAGCAACAUGACAUGCUUCAUAUUCACUGUCAAUAAAAUGUGCUGUGAUGACCAUUAAAUCAUCUUUAGCAGAUGAUGUCCACAUAUCUAAUGUGAGUGAGAUGUAUUCUGCUUGCACUAAAAGUCCCUUGACUUUCUCACAUGUAGUUUGGUACAUUUCUGGUAUAACUGUAUUUGCCAGAAAUUUUCUCGAAACCAUUGAAUAACGAGGUUCCAGAAAUGCAAUAAGCUUUCUGAAGCCUUUGUUUUCUACAACAGUGGCUGAUUCAUAUCAUUUCUGCAAUACUUAAGCCUACCUUAGUGUUUUCCUUUGCCAUCUUUGAUUGAAAACUUACAUUUUUUUGUCAUGAAUAUUGUGCUAGUGUGGGCUGUGUGAGUGAUGGUUCAAUGUUUUGAGGUUCAGAUAAAAUUCGAUUAGGCCCUGCAAUUUCUCCUGAACUGGGAGAUUCACUAUUCUCCCGUUCAUCAACAGCAAUUUUGGCCGAGUGGAGUUUAAGAUGUUUACAUAACGCACUUGUUGUACAUGACUUUCCGCGGGAUAUUUUUGCACCACAAACCAGACGUGCAGCUUUGGUGGUGUCGGAUUUGUCCAGAAUAAAAUGUUCCUAUACGUCCGUCAUCUCUGAUUGUGAUUUACGUCACGUAAAUGACUUUAAAUCACCAUUCACAACGAAAGAUAAACCACAUGUUACAUGGAAAUAUUCAGUUCAGUAGAAAAACUCGCACAGAUAAAAUCAAUACCGAUAACAAAUUAAUAAACAAACGGGACGAGACGCCAUUGUUCCGUGCCCAAUGUCGCCAAUACUUUGUGUGUGAAUUGCGUUUUGUGAAUAUUGUUUUGUUUGAACUUCGUUUCUGUUGAAAACUUUUACGUUUAUUUGUGAAUUAUUUUAUUCAUUUAUAUUCUUGAUUAAAACAUUACAAAAACAAAUUCUCAUAUGCUUAAAGAAAAUGGAACAGUGUUUGAUGAGUUCGAAGAUAAUGCAGCUGACGAUGCGCCACGAUCGUGAGUCGUGAGUGGAAGUUUGGUGCUUAUUAGGUUACGGCGAAAACAGUAAAAAUCAAUAAUACUUUUGCAUCACUGCGUGUAUUUUGAGAAGUGGCAGAUUUAUUAAUAAAUUCGUAAACUGUUGUAUGUAGGCAAAACAUAAUAUCAACACAGCUUAGGCUGGGUACAUUCUUGUUUAUAACAUCUGAUGCCUUCCUAACCUCAAAUAUGUUGUGCUUUUACUGUUUCUUGUGUAUAUACAGCAGAACAUCUGUCAUACACUUUUCAACGGAGGGCACAAAAAUGGUGUAUGAUGGGGGAAAGUGUAUGAAAAGAGAAUGGCGAUAAUAAAAAUUUUUUUCAAUCUAGCAUACCAGCACAAUAUCAGAUUAAACAUAAAUUCAUGCAAAGAAAUAAAAUAGGCUAUUUAUUGGAAAAAAAUAUCAGAAAUGUCUGUUUUUAUAAACAAAUUUAUGUAACAGAACAAUAUUCAAUAAAAAUUUAACUUCAGAAACGUAGAAUACCAAACAAUCCGAAUGUAAGGAAACAAUAACAAACGGGUAUAUUAGUUCAAUGAUUAAUGAAUGCACAAAAUAUGAGAUCCAUGCCUUGGUAAAGAGCGUGCACAGUUUUCAUAAUCAUUUCUAGUUUGCGCCACUAGUCUCGCUUCGGUGCUGGCCAUAGAUGCUACUAGUGAAGUGCACACUCUUCUUGAUGCUAUCCAUAUCUAUGGCGCAGUAAAGUUAUUUUCGUAUGUUUGCAAAUGUAAACAAUGGACGUUUUUUAAGAUAAAAGCAUUUAAACGUAGUUUAUAAGGAGGAAUAAAAGAACCAUUUGUGAAUUUUGGGACUUUUUAGCUUCGUAAAACCGUUUGAAACGGGAAAUUAAAUAUUUUAUUAGUGCAUGUUCCGGGAAAGUAAACCAUUGUAAAUUAUAAAUUAUAGUACUUUCGGCGGGAUCAAAAUUAAUCUGCGUAUGGCACGGGAAAAUGUAUGAAACGGGAACGCAUCAUCGAGGUUCAACUGUAAAGGAUUAGCGGUUAGGAUUUUUUUUAUAAAUAACCCAUACAAGCAGUUUAUGCAUAAUAAAUAAAAAAACACCGAAUCCUUUGACGAAUCCUACUUCAGACCUGCCGAAGCUUUGAAUCCCUAGGAUUCGGCGGAUUCGGCGGAUUUUGGAUUCGGUCACCCCAUCCCUAAAUUUGUAGCAAUGCGCUACUCGUAAAAUAUAUUAAAAACUGAUGUGAGGAAAAAAUAUACAUACAUUAUUUUUUUAAAAGAAACGUUACAUAAACGAGACUAUCGCAAAAUAAGAACAUAUUAUUACAAGUUACUUUUUGCCUGGUAAUAAUCAAAUGGCAGGUACAGGUAACUAACACACACAAAACUUCCUGCCACUUAACUGAAGUAAAAAUAAAAAAAUUUGUUACACAUGUUUUAUUUUUUAAGUGUGGAAAAAAAUAUGUAUUUUAACUUGGGAAAGAAAUUACAUGUGUAUACAGCUCUCUGCGAGCGCUCACGCCGCAGCGCGUCCCUACACCGCGUGAGGCAGUCUGGGUUAUUAUUAAAUCACAAGGGGGAACGCGCCGUCGCGACACGUCUGCGAUCGUUGCGCGACUCCAGCCCUUGGCAAUAUAUAAAAAUUUAAUAUAAUUACUGUAAGAGAGAAUACUAUCCUACUAAUAUUAUUAACGCGAAAGUUUGUAAGUAUGGAUGUUUGUUACUCUUUCACAUAAAAACUACUGAAUGGAUUUGAAUGAAAGUUGGCCUACAUGAGCUUAUAACCUGGAUUAACAUAUAGACCCCAUAUUAAUAUGAAAUUUUAUCCCUAAGGAAGUAAAAAGUGAUAAUUUCAUUUUAUAACAGAAAAAAAUCAUAGGUCAUAGACAUACAAAUAGUGAGUGAGUGUCAUUUCUCUAUGUCUGACAAACAAUCAUACACAAAGUAAGGUCUGGCAAAUUAAUAUUUUUCUCCUUGGUGAGACCAGUCCGCUUAGUGGAGCUCGCAGUGGCUAGCAAAAUAAAGGCACUAAUAACAGUUUUGUUCUUAACUUCGUCGAUAGAUAGAGUUGCCUUGAAUUUUAAACGCACGAUCGUUUGAUGCGUUUGUCAUGUCUUUAAUUUUCGUUUGUUUGUGCCGUAUGCGUUCCUAUACCAUUCAUCCGAUUGCGAAGAAAUUUUGGUGUUUUGUUAUGCGCAUGCCCAUGAAGGUCUACUGAGAUGGUAUAACUAUUUUUCAAUAGUUGGAGCAUGAAUUGUGUUAAAAAAUGUGUUUAUUUCAUUUUAUAUAGCGUCACUUUGUCUGUUUUUGUUGUAUAAGUGCGCACGCAUGACAAAAUUUAUUUAAAUAUUAAAGAGGAACAGAGAUAGAGUUAUUUAUAUAUAUAUAUAUAUAUAUAGUGAGAUAGAGACGGAGAGAUAAGUUGAGAUAGAUCGAGGUAUAGAGAAUGAAAUGGGUCAUUACAAAACAAAACUGAAUGAGGCAUUGUAAUGCAGGCCAAGCAUUAGCUAGAUAAUGGAAUCUUUUCGAUAUUAGUAAUCUCUUAUUUUUCAGCUGUUUUUCUAUAUUGCUUUAUAAAGUCUAAAUUAUUUACAGACCAGGUAAAUAACUAUAAACUGGCAGAACGUCUGUUGGGAUUUAAAAGUGAUAUAAAUUAAUUUUCACACUUGACAUUCAAAUUAAGAAGACAAUUACUAACUACACCCUGUGUUCAGCCCGGGCAACGCCGGGUAUUGCAGCU